GCGUUGCGUAAACUGGCUGCCAGGCGAUGUGAGCAAAGAGAUGUGAGCAGCGCGAAAGAUUGCUCAGAUUGGAUUGAUUUCAUCAUUGUUCUUGUGCAUCUCUCGAAGUCAACUACUAACUAGUGUUGAGGUAAUGACGAAUCCUGACAAUCUGCAAUAUGAAAAAAGAAGUUGGAGAUUACUCUGUCACUAUUGAGUAUUUUUUGACAUGUCUCAAAUGAAAAUCUAGACAUUGUAGUGAAGUGAAUAGAUUUAAAAAAUUUCACUUCAAGGACUCAAUAGUUCACCAAAAACAUGAAGCUUUUCAAAUUGAUAGUUCAUCAAAAAAACUUCAGUGGAGAAGAUCUGAUAAUCAACCCAAAAGAUUAUCCCGGUAUAAAAAAGGGGGAUAUCGUUGAAAUAUUUCAUUCUGAAGAUGAAUUCAGUCGGUUGCUGUUGCAAAUUACUGCAUUCAAAGAAGACCUCCAAGGCAGGGAAACGAUCAGUGUUGAAAACAACAUUGCUACUACUUUUCAACUCAGAACGUUUGCCGAUGUAUAUAUGAAUAUAGUAAAUCCUGAUGAUGUUGCCUUGGAUUCCGUUGAACUCACUUUUAAAGAUCAAUAUAUGGGACGCAGUGAAAUGUGGAGGCUCAAGAAUAGUUUGGUCAACACCUGUGUUUAUUUGAACAAGAAAAUCGAAUUCUGUGGUGGUAGCAUCAGAUGUCAAGUACAUGAGAUGUGGUCUCAGGGAGAUCGAGUGGCCUGUGGUGUUAUAACAGAUGAUACAAAGGUUGUAUUCCGUUCUUCAACAAGUAUGGUCUAUCUUUUUAUACAAAUGAGUUCUGAAAUGUGGGACUUUGAUAUACAUGGAGAUUUAUAUUUUGAAAAAGCGGUAAAUGGAUUCUUAGCUGACUUAUUUCAAAAGUGGAAAAAAAAUGGGAGUAAUCAUGAAGUGACAAUAGUUUUAUUCUCUCGAACGUUUUAUAAAGCAAACAGUUUAGAGGAGUUUCCAAAUCACAUGAGAGAAUGCCUGCAACACGAUUAUCGGGGUAGAUUCUAUGAAGACUUUUACAGAGUCGCAGUACAAAAUGAAAGAUAUGAAGACUGGAGCAACAUACUGGUUCAAUUGAGAAAAUUAUUCACCGAUUAUCAAAAAAUAGUUUUAGAAUAUCAUCAGAGGCCUGGAAUUGUUAUGCCAAAAGCCAUCAAUGCCACAGCGGCGCAAGGAAAUUUUUUGGAAGUUCUCAAUAUGUCUCUAAAUGUAUUUGAAAAACACUACUUAGAUCGCAGUUUUGAUAGAACCGGACAGCUCUCUGUUGUAAUAACUCCUGGUGUAGGAGUAUUUGAGGUUGAUAGAGAGUUGACAAAUGUUACCAAACAGAGGAUCAUCGACAAUGGAGUGGGCAGUGAUUUGGUCUGUGUUGGGGAACAACCAUUGCAUGCUGUCCCUUUAUUGAAGUUUCACAACAAAGAUACUUCAAUAAAUGCAGCGGAUGACUAUAGCAUGCCACAUUGGAUAAAUCUGAGCUUUUAUUCGACAAACAAAAAAAUACCGUACUCAACUUUUAUACCUCGCAUUAAAUUACCACCCAAAGUUUCUAAGCCACCAGCAGAAAAUGGUAAACUACCAAACAAAGCAAAACUUUUGCAAGAAGAUGCGAGCGAGUGCCUUCAUAACACGUUGUUUGAUUAUGAUGCAUAUGAUGCUCAAGUGUUCCAACUACCACCGGUUCAUACAGCAAGCUUGCAAAGGGUAUCAACCAGGACGAAAAAAACCAGUGUCGCUUGUAUGGAAACACACAGUAAUGCACAGGCUCUGAAAUUAUUAAAACGAAAAAUGUCAGACCCUGAUAUACAUCAUCCACCACCAGAAGUUCAUGCUUCGCCAACAGUCGGGUCCCGUAGUGCAGCGAUUUCCAUUCCUCAUAGAGCCGAUGACUUGGCAAGCAUCGAUUCAAACGGAGAAGUUAAUUCAAAACCAAGAAUAUCUUUGAUAAGCGACCAUUGUGACACGGAAAUUUCACCUCCAUUUCGGCCAGUUGUUGGUAGUGCUGGAAGUCCAACUAAUCCUGUAUCUCAACCCAGUAAUAUUAGACCAGGAAGAGCACUGAUUAACCCUUUUGAUCCAUCUCAUGUAACCAUAAAAUUAACGAGUAAUAGACGAAGAUGGACGCACAUCUUUCCAAAAGGACCCACGGGUGUACUGAUACAACAACAUCAUUAUCAAGCUAUACCUACUCAAUCUACUUCUGAACAACAGAGCGACGCAAUGUCCAUAUUGAGUAGUUCUCCUAAUGAACAUAGCAUAGCAUCUCUGAAUGCUCAAAAUUCUUGCCAAAUACCCCGAUCUGCUUCACAAAUUGGAUUUCAAGAUCAUAUGAAAGGUAAAACUCAGCGACCGAGUCUGGCUCUAAGUUCUAUUGAGAAACCUGGGCACAACAAUGGUGUGCCGACUACGAAUAAUAAAAGUCUGACGCUACUCUGGGGUGCAACAGGUGAACAAGAGUGGACUCCCGUUUUAACAACAGCAAACAUAGGUGUUGACUGGAGAUCAUUAACGAUACCAGCUUGCCUUCCUAUUACGACGGAUUACUUUCCAGACAAAAGGAGUUUGCAAAAUGAUUAUCUUGUCUCUGAUUACAAUUUGUUACCUGAUGAUGUGAAUGCAGAUUUCGCCCAACAAAGAGCAAUUUAUAAAAAACCAUUAACUACAGCAGAAGUUUUCAAAGAACUUGUUUCGCAACGCUUAGCUCAAGGUUUUCAACUGAUAAUUUUACCUCCAAUCAGCAAGAAUCAGGCAACAACACCUGGCAGCAAACCUCCACCUCCUAUAAGUUCGUUAAUGCGUGGGAGACAAACUGAAUCUGAACCCAAAGAAGAAUAUUUACUAAGUAUAGGAAGAAUAUUUCACAAAAUAUCACUCUGUGGUAAUUCUAUAACAGUAACUAGGUACCGGCCAAGACAUCCAUAUCCCCCGUUCAACAUACAUUAUCGAUAUCGUUUCCAUGCACCUCAUCACGAUACUUACGAAGUUUCGUGGGUCUCGUUUACCACCGAAAAACUAGAGAAUUAUAAUUGGAAUUAUUUAGAUCAUUAUAUCUGUACUAGAGGUGAUACCGACUUUUCAUUGGUAGAGGCACUCAAGUAUUGGAGAUUUCGUGUAUUCUUAUUGCCGUUGCUAAAUUCAGCCACUCGUCGUAUAUUGGAUGGCUCAUUACAUUGUGAUAUCUAUACACCUGCAGCUCCGGCAGAUCAGGCUGGGUUCAUGGAAGGAUUUUUACGAUUCAUUGAGACAUGGUUAAACAGAAUUCGACGUCCCAACACCAACAAAAAUUGGAGCCCAGCAGCUCCAGUUGGAGUUCCCCCGAGAGAUCCUGCCUCCCACUUGACAAGGCGCAGGCACAGCACGAGCCUGAUAUUCCUCACUAACCAGACAAGUCUUGUUGGCAGCUCCCCAUUCAGGGAGAGACUUGGGAGCAACCGCCUACCUGAAAAACCAAGACCCAGAUCAGGAUCAAAAGUAAUGGACAGAGGAAGAGCCUCGCCUGCAAGUGAAGCCGUGCUGCCACUUUCUCCAGAACAACAACAGCAGGACCAUUCCGAAUGCAGCGAGGACAGUACCAAUGCGGAAGUGAGCAAACUCAAGAGCAACGCAUCCAAUGCUGAAAUAUUAGAAGCAAUGAGAGCUCCACAUACUGGAAUAGGAUUUUUAACUCAACAUCCAUCAUUGCCGAGUCUCACAUUUGUCAGUGCUGAAGCAGUCCAGUGGUUAAAUAAUCAUAUUGAGGGUGGUGUAACAGUUGAAAAGGCAAUCGGUAUAAUGGAGGGAAUGAUAAGAGAGAGACUUAUAUGCCAUGCGUCUGGGAGUUACGACAAGCCAUUUAUUCUUGGUUUUUAUUUAUACCACAUGGUGCAGGAUAAGGAUGGACAGAAAGACAAAGAGUAUUUUCCACCACUGGGUGAUCUUCAGAGCUUUGAAAAUGAAUGGGUAGAAGUUGAGAUGAAAGCACCAAAAGGUUGGUGCGAACCCACUGCUCCAACGCUCUUUCCAUCUAUCACUUCGCCCAUAUCUAUACCGAGUUGUGAUACUAUAGAUGAAUCUAGUGUUCCUAUCUUUUUGAGAGAUGACUUGGAUCUCAGCUUUAUGAUGGAUGAUCGAGACUGGACUGCUCCAAUUCCUCCUUACAAACACACCCAUUUGGAUAUAGAUAUAAACAAUAAAAGUGACAGAAUAGAAUGGGGACACCUUCGAUAUCAGUCAUUAUUCAAGACUGACCAUUCUUAUGAGCUAGUUGUUCAAUGGGUCGCUUCCUCGGGAAGUAUAGUCGCGGAUCUUAUAUUUGGAUGGCAACGAAAGGCGCAAUUAUGUGGAAUACAGAUGGUUCCAAUACCCAGUGAUCUACUUGCGCUGCCCUUUACUCUUAAAAGUGACCCUCUCCGCGGUCCCAUCUUCAUUCCUCUACACAUAGACUGUUUAAUGACUAAUAAACCAUAUCUCUUUGACGAAUUCAGAGAGGAUACGUACACCCAAAGAUUAUUCCUCUUUCAAGAGGCUAUAGUACAAAGAUUCGGUUUCGUAUCCUGCUUGGUGGAAGGUACAGAGAACGAUCAUCAGUACGUUCAUGUAACUGGAAAUGCUUUUAUACUUGUACCAUCGACUCCAUGUAUUCGACCCAGGCCCAGAACGGAUACAAAUAUAAUCAGAAGAAUAACUGGUCAAAAGCGAUACCCAGUGCAUCCUGAUCAGUCUAGUCCACAUGAGGCCUACAUUACAAGACACGUUAGUGGCAAAAAUAAAGACGACUACAGCAUGGAUAGAAGGGUGGGCUUCCUGUGGUCUUGGAAUCACAUGAUUGGUAGAAAGUGGAAAUCUUCGUCGUCUUCAGCAACCGGAGAUGAAUUGUUUCAGAAAAAAAUAAUUCAGGACUUCAGAAAUUUUUGUUCAAAUCACGACAACAGACUGAGGCAAUAUUGGGAGUCCUGCUGGGAACUGAAAGAAAAAACUUGUUCAAGAACUGAGUGAUAAAUACUGUUUUGUUAUUAGAAAUUUUAUGCAUCUUACUGCAUUGUUAUUUUUUGUACAAUUUCGAAAUUUUUAUUUUCUCGGUAACCCCUGAGCGCUGGAUCGCUCGAGGAUUUCCUGUUGAAUAACUAACACCCUGUGAGAUAUGCAUCUGUUCGAUGCUUGCUUUACUGCGGUAGCUUUAAAACAGCAGCCUUAUGACCUGAUAUCGUUUACUAUUAGUGUAAGUUGUUACUAUUUGUAUUUGAAGAUAUGUAGAUACUUAAAAUAAUGAGUAACAAGCAACUUAUUUCCAAAGUUUUUAUUCGUAACGUUUGUUAGUCAUACAUUAAUACCAUACGUUUGUUGCUAUUGAGCAUUUUGUACUUAAGAAUAAAUACGUCACCCUUUCAA